AUGAAAGUUGAAGUGAGAAUCAUUGAAGCAAAAGAUUUAAGAGUGACUGAUUAUUUUGCUGGAACAAGUGAUCCUUACAUUAAAUUAAGUGUAAACGGACAAAUGCAUAAAACAGCCAUUGCUCGUAGAACAUGUGAUCCUAAAUUUAAUCAAUCAUUUACUUUUGACGUUAUCCCAGGACAACAAAUAACAUUUGAAGUCUUUAGUUUCGAUACAGUUGGAAGAGACGAUCCAUUAGGAAGUGUUCAACACUCUCUUUCAUAUUUCUACCAAGGACAAGUAAAUGACUUAUGGUUACCAUUAUCUAAGAAAGGCCAAAUUCAUAUUCAAGUAUUUUCUCCUGGAGUAUUACCUAAUGUCAUUUUAAUAGAACAGUUAAAUUCUUUACGACCUGAGAUAAGUCAACAACAAAUAACAAGGCGAUCUCCUUUAAUCGGAUAUAAGUCCUUUGGUUAUACUCCUUCAUUCAACGAAUUAAUGUAA